UCCCGGCGGCGGCUAGCGGGAGAGUAGCCGCCAGACGGCUCCGCCCUCGGAGGAGACGGUCCCGUCACUCCUGCACAGGCCAGUAAGGUUUUUAAAGGAAGCCAAGUCUGCGCGCGGUGAGGCGUGUUCUGGAGGGAGGUGGCUGUACGGGGACCCUUUGCUCUGUCUUGGGCGGGGUGCCUCCAGGGUCUUCAGGGUCCCUCCAGUCCCCGCGCAGCUUGGGGCCGUGCGCCCUCCCCACGUGUGACAGCAAGGACGGCCAAAGGAUGAGGAGGCAGACUGGCCCCGGCGCCUCCCCUCUCACUCCGAUGUGGUGCUUUCAUGCCUGCAUCCUCCGGCUCUGGCAGUGCCCCACUGCCCCACGAUUGGCAGGGCAGUUGAAGCCCACCCCUCCACUGGUGUAGUCCUAGAGGACCGCAGGGUUUUCCUCCUGAGCAGUCUGCAUCCAGGGCUGAGCCUGGCCCUCCCCGACAAGCCUGUGAACCGGCUGAUGAGUCAGAGAAACCAGGCUGGGCCUGGCCGUGGUCAAGAGGACAAAAAGCAGACAAUACGUAGAGCUGUGGUUCGAAUCAGGACAGCGCCAGAGCAGCACGACCUGCCCGUGGCACUGCUCAGAGGGCGGCCUCCACCUCCAGGCUGGGGUGCAGAGCCUCCGUCUCCGGACCCGGAGCUGGGAGCCUCCGCACUGGGCGGGCAGCAGUGCUGGAAGGAGCAUCAGGACUUCUCUUACCUCGGCGAGAAGUGGCCUCCUACCCACUCUUCCAUUUUCAGAAAUGUGGCAUCGGGGUGGGAGGAAGUGGGGGGCUGUGGAUGGGGCCCCCCAGGAGGGUGCAGCUGCAACUUGGUAUCUUGACCCCGCUUGGUUUCUUCACAGCCCAGGCCCCAGUGGCCCUUGUUCCCAACACCCGAAGGCAGAAUUCCUGGGCCUGCACCCGUCUACACUGUCGCCUAGUCCCAACCUCAGCCUACCUCCGGGUGCUCCUGCAGGCUUGGCGCCGGCUGUGCUAAAGGACCAGGAGGAAGUGGCUGGGGUUUUUCUGCCCCUUGCCCAACAGCGUCAGGGCCCUUGGGAGCAGGGACGGGCUGACGGGGCUGGAACGCCAGCCUCUGGGGGAGUCCUGCCCUGGAGAGCCCCUCUGUUCCUGCGGGCCCCCGCCUCUCGGGAUUGACGUCUGCCCUCCAUGCCCAGCCCUGCUCGGGAGCCCCACCCAGCCCAGGCUCCGGACCUGUGGCGACUGGUGGUGGGUGAGGCUAUUUUAAGUCCAGCUCUUGGACUGCCUGACACUCGGCUCUGCUACUGGCCACCUGCCGCCGCCCAUCAGACCUGGAAUGCUAAUUGGCAGUUGGCCUGGGUGGGGGCAGGGGACAGACUGUUAUAAAGCUGGGGGUGCCCGGGAGGCACCUGUCCCUGUCUGGAGCCUGCCACCGUCCCCGCCACCACCGCCGCCAUGGCCACCCACCGCCUCGUGAUGGUUCGGCACGGAGAGAGCACCUGGAACCAGGAGAACCGCUUCUGCGGCUGGUUUGACGCGGAGCUGAGCGAGAAGGGGGCCGAGGAGGCCAAGAGGGGGGCCCAUGCCAUCAAGGACGCAAAGAUGGAAUUUGACAUCUGCUACACGUCGGUGCUGAAGCGGGCCAUACGCACCCUCUGGACCAUCCUGGACGGAACGGACCAGAUGUGGCUGCCCGUGGUGCGCACCUGGCGCCUCAACGAGCGGCACUACGGGGGGCUCACCGGCCUCAACAAGGCGGAGACGGCCGCCAAGCACGGGGAGGAGCAGGUGAAGAUCUGGAGGCGCUCCUUCGACAUCCCACCGCCCCCCAUGGAUGAGAAGCACCCCUACUACAGCUCCAUCAGCAAGGAGCGGCGGUACGCAGGCCUGAAGCCCGGGGAACUGCCCACGUGUGAGAGCCUCAAGGACACCAUUGCCCGGGCCCUGCCCUUCUGGAAUGAUGAGAUCGCGCCCCAGAUCAAGGCAGGCAAGAGAGUGCUCAUCGCAGCCCACGGGAACAGCCUGCGGGGCAUCGUCAAGCAUCUGGAAGGGAUGUCAGACCAGGCCAUCAUGGAGCUGAACCUGCCCACAGGGAUCCCCAUCGUGUACGAGCUGGACCAGGCGCUGAAGCCCACCAAGCCCAUGCGCUUCCUGGGCGACGAGGAGACGGUGCGCAAGGCCAUGGAGGCCGUGGCCGCCCAGGGCAAGGCCAAGUGAGGGGGGGGCUCUGGCAAUAAAGGCACCUCACCCCAUC